AUGAGCAAUUUAAUGAUGAAGGAAAUGGUUGCUAAUUUUAAAACUUGUGUGUCAAAUAGUUUAACGAGGAAUGAGGAUUAUGAGUGGAAUGUUUUUAAAGCAAAUAAUUACAAGACUCCAGAUUCCGAUUUUAUUUCAAAAUGUUUUCAAUUUAAUGAAUUUUUGAAUGGAAUUGAUAGGACAAAUUCGAUAGGAAAUAAUUACUUUCUAGAUCAUUCAUUUGUGGCAUCCUAUGAUAAAGUGCCAACAACAUCACACAAAAAGUUUGAAAUUGCAAUUAUUGGAAGGUCAAAUGUCGGAAAAUCAUCACUAGUUUCAUCAAUAUUUAAAGGAAAGGCAACCGAUGUGAAAAUAAGUAAGACACCUGGAAGAACUCAAACACUAAAUUAUUUCCUUCUCAAAAGAUUGAAUUUAUAUUUGGUUGAUAUGCCAGGUUAUGGAUUCGCUAAAGUUCCAAAAUCACUUUUAAGAGGAUGGCAUGUUUUAAUUAGAGAUUAUUUUAAACAUAGGAUGAAUUAUGACAAGUAUUUAAUUACUUUAUGGUUGUUGGAUGUGAGAAGAAUCAAGGAUUUUGCAGAUGCUAUUGCAAAAAAUCCAGAAAAUGCAACAAAUCCAACUCUUGGAUUGAAAAAGUCUGACGUGGAAUUCUUCCAUUAUUUGGUAAAGAAUGAAAUUCCAUACACAAUAGUUCUGACGAAAGUAGAUAAGCAAAAUUACAAUGUAUUGGGAGAAGUUAUCAAGAGUUUGAGAAUUUUACUCUUGAGGGAAUUGAAAGAGUUAAAGAUGACCAAGACUGUCAACAUUUCUCCAAACAUUAUUCUUUCUAGCGCAAAGAGAGGACAUGGUAUUCCAGAAAUUAGAAACUUUAUUGCCAGUACAGUGACUUCAUCAUUGGAUUUAUUGGAAGAAAAUUCAAAGUUUUCUGAAAUUUCUGUUAAUGAGUUUGAGGAAGGAGAUGAUACUGAACGAGGAGCCAUUUUCGGUGGAGAGGAAGACGAAUAUGAAGAGGAGGAAAUUGAAAUUCCACAAGUAAUUGCCACUCCAGAAAAGAAAUCAAAAGACAAACCAACAAAGGAAGAAGUCUCCAAUGAUGAUGAUGAGUUUGAAACUGAAUCCAAACAAGCAACACCAAAGUCAACUGCUCCAAAGAAGCACAUUAAAAUAUCCACAAUUCAAAUGGGUACCUUGACAAAGCAAAACAAGUACGUUCAAAGAACCAAACACCUCGAUGAUAAGGUCAAUAGAAGUGACAAACAAUACAAAUCCUAUGAAGACAUUGUAAAGUACAAGAUCAGAGAGGAACGUAGAAAAUCAGCAACCAAAAAAUAA